UGACCUCCUAUUUGGUUGGCUCGUUCCAAAAUCAGAAAACAACCUGAACCGACGGCUCACGAAAAACUUGGUGUUUGCAAUAUAAUAUCCAGAACAUGGACUUUAUGGCGACUCAGGGUUUUGGAGAAAAGCGACCAGGUCCGCCUGCACAAACUGGUCCUUCAAGGAAAAAGUUUAAGAAAAAUCAUCCACAGUACUCUGCUGACAUAGUGUUCAUGAAAGGGGAUGUUCUUCAAACCGUGCCCUCUCUGAGCAAACUGUUGAAGGGGGUCACAGGGGCUAUUGGCCUCCAGUUUGUGUGGGAGUACCGCAGUCCCAGCAGAACUGUGCAGCCCCACUACAUCUGCAAACUCUGUUCCCUGUCCUGUGUGCAGCAUGACAUAACUGAUCACGUGAAAGGCUGGAAACACUGCUUCAAAUACAUGAAAAAAUACCACCCUGACAAGAUUACGUUUGAAGAGGAAGAGGUUGUGAAAGAUCCUUCCCUUAAAGGUCCACUGAGAGUCGCUGCUGCAGAGGUGGAAAAGACAGAGGGGAGGGGGCAAAUAAGAGUGAUUCUACGGGAGCCCAUUGAUGUCCCUAAUUUCCAAAAAUUCCGUUCUGCUAUUCCUAGAUUAGGGCCUCCACCCUCACAUCAAGAGAUUGAACCAAUGGGUCCUCCCUUCGGUCCCGUGUUCCAUGACCCUGGGUAUGCAGGCGACUUCUCCCACCACAACGCUCCGUACUCAGACUAUGAAGCAUACAAAGAGCCUGACUUCAAGGGCUACAUGUCAAGAGACGAGUAUCCUGGCCCAGGUAUGGAUCGAGGUUCUUUCUCUGAUGAUAUGGGUCAAAUCCCGCCAGGAGGUGGGAAAGGUUUUGGUCCUGGAGGUGGGAAUGCUGGCUUUGGAAGGAGUGGACAGCAAGACCAGGGUCCCAAUAAAAUGUACCCCAACGAGUACCAGGCCAAUGAGUACCAGGCCAAUGAGUACCAAGCCAAUGAGUACCAGGCCAAUGAGUACCAGGACGAGUACCAGGACAACCAGAUGAGGGAGAGCUUCAACGACGGACCACCGGAAAGAGGAGAAGGGGUGGGAGCACCUUCAGGAAGCAGCAGCCUUCCUAACACUCUGCUCACAUACCUGGACACUUUCCAGAUAGAGAGCGAGGCGGAUGCACAGUUGGUGCUAAAGGUGACACAGAAAUUAACAGAUGUGUUGAUGGAGUACAGACUGCGGAGCAUAUCAGGGGGUCCAAACCAUAACUCAUCCAUGAGCAGUGAUGACAGAUACUCCAGUAACGUGUCAGGUCCAUCCAGGUAUCCCGACGGUCCACCCCGGUAUUACAAUUAAAGUUAGAAGAAAGAGCCUUGCUCUUCCCGUCAAGCUGUGCAGAGUGGUUUUUUUAUGCUUGGUUCUUUUUCUCUCUACUUUUUUUCAUUUUAUAUAUAAAUUUACAAAGAACACCGGAAUGGCGUAAAAGGAUCUUGGCCUGUUUUAGUUGAUCUUUUCAUUGUAUUUUUUUCCCCUCAGAGAUGUAAUAAAAAAUGUGGAAAAAAAA